UUUAUAUAUACUUCUCUUCUUCCUCUCAAUCUCUUCUCACCCCCUCAAAAAUUCCCAUUUCCUUUUGGUUUUUUUUUUAAUCUCAUCUCCAGAUCCAACAAAGAGGGUAGGCAUGGCUACCGAAGCGGCUUCCGGGCCGCUUCGGUGCCUCUUCGACGCCUCCCUCUCCGCCUUCGACUCCGACGUCCGCCGCCGUCCCUACCACCGCAACUGCGGCUGCGCCCUCCACCACUCCGCCUCCUGCUCCUCCUCCUCCUCCUCCUCCUCCCGCCUCUCUUACCCGAUCCACCGCUCCUGGGUGCCUUUAUCCAUGUCCGCCUCCGAUCUGGCCUCCUCCUCUUCAUCUUUCCUUCCGAUCUUCCUUGCCGGAGAGAAAGAUGGCUUUUCCGGUGAUCGCCGCAUCGAGGGUCUGGAUGAGUAAACAGUAAUCUGUUGUCUUUGCUGUUCUUAUUAUCUUGUUUGUACUCUUUUGAGAAGAUAAAAAAGACUUUUUUUGGGGGGAAA